AUGCAAAUUGAAAUAUAUAGAAGAACAAAACGGAAACUAACAUUCAAUGAUGUGAAUGAUAGUAAACACACAGCAAAACGUGAGGAAAGAGACUUAACCAGAAAGCGCAAUCAUGUUCUUGUCAGUUGCAUAAAAGAGGAAAAUUAUUUAAAAAUGAAAAAUAUGAUAGAAACUCAUAGUUUUAUUAAAGAGGAACACAAUUUAAAAAUCCAACGAAUAUUAUUGGAAAUAGAACGCCGCUUCACAUUGAAAAACUAA